AUGGAUAUAGAGCAAUCGCCUGCUCAGCCGACGACUUCUCGUCAGGAUCGCACUAGUGCAUCUUCAUCGCAAAUGAACGUGGACCAAUCAUUCGAUCAGCCGACGACUUCUCGUCAGGAUCGUACUAGUGCAUCUUCAUCGCAAAUGGAUGUGGAGGAAUCGUUCGAUCAGCCGACGACUUCUCGUCAGGAUCGUGCUAGUGCAUCACCAUCGCAAAUGGACGAUCAACGAUCCGGUUCACCUGAAAGUUCGCAACCAACUAGCAGUACAUAG